CUCUCUUUCUCUCUGAAACCCCUUUUCAUCUCUAUGAUCGCCAUGGAAGAAUCAUGCAGGGGUACCGGGCACCGUAGACAAUGGAAACGAUCGUUAACGGCUAGGAUUGAACCUCACCUCGAAGCAUGUGGGGCAUCUUGAUCAGGCGUGGUAUCGGCUGCGGGUCAUCCGUUAGUUUGGCAGUGGUUUGGAGCUAUUGGGUUUUUUCGGUCAUUAUGCUGGCAACAGGGAGUAUGAGACAAGAAACUACAGUUUUGAGUAAGUGAACCAAGCUAUGGCUGAACAGCUUGCAAUGGUGUCUCACUUGACUGAUUUCGAACAUUUAUCUUUACCAUGCAUAUCUCUUUUCAGUGCCAGAACUGCAAGGGGAGCCCGAAGAGAUUUCUACAGAGAAUGCCCGUUUGGCUGCAAAAGAGAUGGUACUCUUAUGCUGGAUGUGUUUUGCCAUAGACUGACUGCUCAGAAAGACAGGAGCAUUCGACACCAUCCACAGUUCCCCAAAUUGCUAAGUUGGCGGGAAUUUCAAGUUCUAGGAAUUGCUGGCUUGAGGCCGCUAAUGAACAGCUCAGUUGCUUGCAAUUCACACAGAACUUCCAUACAGCAUUCCGUCUGUGGUCGCAAGGGGAUCCGGGGAUCUCAGGUUUUCAUGUACAGGAAGAAAGAAGGGCCUGCAGCAAUAUAUUCUCGCAAGAGGGGUGAGCGACAGCCCUGUUAGGUUUUGCUUUUCCCAUUAGAGGCGGUGAGGGCUUUGUUGUUUCCACCACCCGUAGGCUAACCGCAUUCAGGUCUUGCCAGAACUGGGUCCUUUAGGGUCCUACACAUUUGCCACUUCGAUACAUGUUUGGUGUAUAAAUGGGCUCUCUCACAUGUGUGUGGCUUAGGAAACCUUAUUCCAUUGCCAAAAUCAUCAAAAUGUAUUAAAAUAUAUGAGUGUUAGUGUAAAAAAUUAACUGGACCCAACCCGGACUCGACUUUAACAGGGUCCUUUACAUGUACCCAACCCAAAAUGACUAGACCCGAUUUUUAACUGGGUCUGAAA